AUGAAUAAUAAUCAUUAUUAUCGUCCAUCAUUAACCGGUAAUAAGAAUAGGCGACGAGUCCAAGAAACCAAUUUCGCAGCCAUACUAAAAAUUCACUCAAACAAAAAUGCUAAUUUAAAAAGUUCUUUGCUCUUCCAUAGUAAUUAUAACUAAAUAGCUAAUAUAUUAGAUCCUAGAGAUAUUGAUACUUAGUUUACUUUAAUUAAUAGAUCGAUUGAUGUACCUCGUUUUAAUGACAGAUCAGCCUCUAAAUAAAGAGUUAAGACUGAAAUAGUUAAACCUAAUAUUGAUGUUCAAUUUUAAAAUCAAAAAAUUGAUUACACUACAGCAUAUUUUCCAAAAUUGAAAGAGCGAAUAGCGUUGUCAUAAAACAAAAUGUUUUAUCAAGUAAUUAGAAAUAAGAAUAGAAAGCCAAAAAUGAUGAAAUUGAAGAUUCUCCAAUUCGAGACUUGCAGAAGUCCCUUGAUUAUUCGAGUCAAGCGUAGAGGACAAGAAAUCUUACUCCAAUAUAAUAAAGAACCUUAGAUAUACCUAAGUUUCAGAGCAGAUCGGAUCACUUGAAUUAAGAAGAAAUCAUGCAGUUCUCCUUUGGACUUCAAUAUAAUAGACAGAGCAUUGAGAAACAAAAGCAAAGAUUUCCAAAAGAUAUUUUUCUUGGGGAUGUUAGAAAAGUAAAAAGAAUUUUUUAAUAAUAAUGA